CCCAGGAGCCUCCGGGAAGUUUUACCUCCGCUGCACGCCGCGAGGAGCUGACAGUUCGCAGAUCGCCGAGCAGCAAGAUGAUCGCAGCCUCGGACCCCGUGGUCAUCAUCUCGGCGGCUCGGACCUGCAUAGGCUCCUUCAAUGGUGCCUUGUCUACUGUGCCUGUACACGACCUGGGCUCAACUGUCAUCAAAGAAGUGCUGCAGAGGGCCAAGGUGGCCCCAGAAGAGGUGUCCGAGGUCAUAUUUGGGCAUGUUUUGGCUGCAGGUUGUGGGCAGAAUCCUACCCGUCAAGCCAGUGUGGGUGCAGGGAUCCCCUACUCUGUUCCAGCAUGGAGCUGCCAGAUGAUCUGUGGCUCAGGCUUGAAAGCUGUUUGUCUUGCAGCCCAGUCCAUAGCACUAGGUGACUCCAGCGUUGUGGUCGCAGGAGGCAUGGAAAACAUGAGCAAGGCCCCUCACUUGGCUCACCUGAGAACAGGCAUCAAGAUGGGUGAGAUGCCGCUAGCUGACAGCAUACUCUGUGAUGGUCUUAUGGAUGCUUUUCACAACUACCACAUGGGUAUUACAGCUGAAAAUGUAGCCAAAAAGUGGCAAGUGAGCCGAGAAGACCAGGACAAGACUGCAGUUCUGUCCCAGAACAGGGCAGAGCGUGCACAGAAAGCUGGCCAUUUUGACAAGGAGAUUGUCCCCAUGUUGGUACCAUCUAGAAAAGGUUUCACUGAAGUGAAAACUGAUGAGUUUCCUCGCCACGGGAGUAACCUCGAAGCCAUGGGCAAGCUAAAACCGUACUUUCUUACAGAUGGGACAGGAACAGUCACUGCAGCUAAUGCAUCAGGACUGAAUGAUGGUGCUGCUGCCGUGGUCCUCAUGAAGAAGUCAGAAGCUGAGGGUCGAAUGCUAAGACCUUUAGCACAAAUAGUUUCCUGGUCCCAAGCAGGUGUGGAACCUUCCAUCAUGGGGGCAGGACCAAUUCCCGCCAUAAAGCAGGCUGUUGCAAAAGCGGGCUGGUCCCUGGAGGAUGUGGACGUAUUUGAAAUCAAUGAAGCCUUUGCAUCUGUGUCUGUUGCAAUAGCCAAAGAACUUGGAUUAAACCCAGAGAAGGUCAACAUUGAGGGAGGAGCUAUUGCCUUGGGCCAUCCUCUGGGAGCGUCAGGCUGCAGAAUUCUCGUGACCCUGUUACACACACUGGAGAGAACGGGUGGCACACGUGGUGUUGCAGCCCUGUGUAUUGGGGGUGGGAUGGGAAUUGCCAUGUGUGUUCAGAGAGGAUGAACUGCCCAACAGUCACCGUCCUUCAACAGUUCUUUUAGUAAAACACUAAAUAAUGUAAAACCAGAGGGCCAGAGUCAGGACAGAAAACCUUUACAAGAAGAACCCAGGCCGACAGCAUGCUGUACUUUAAUGUGUAAGACUCAAAGCAUAUGACAGGUCUGACACUGUUAUAAAUAAAAGGGAAAUCCGGUCAGUCA